CGAUAGAAAGGUACUUUCGCGAUUGCUUUAGGUAACACUCCAGAAAUCAUAACCGUGCAGUUAACCAUCUUCAUCACAUGCAGUGUGGAAGAUAGUGACUGUGUACGUAAUGUGUUCGAGAAUUGUCCAAUCCAAAAAAAUCAAGCCAUUAGUACGAGGCCAUACGUCCCGCACUAAGCAGGGAAGACUAUGCAAUUCUAGCCGUAAAGAUGAUGCCUGCACCUACGCAGGCCAAUUAUUGAAGAAGGCGUGUCUUAUAAUAUCCGGGGGCAGUAGUUUUAUCUCGAGCUACAGCAACGAGAACAAUAUUGGAUCGACGGAAAGCUGUGAGCGAUGGUUUGCUAGAAGGAUUAGUGGAAACUGUGCAGACUCUGGUUUUAAAGGUAUUCCUAAUACCAAUAAAGUGCGCAAACACACGUACAACAUAUCUGUUUAUUUUCAAGUGUACCUGAGACUCUGCACGUACCGUCAUCAAUACAUGCUGGAAAGAAAAAUUUCGGCAUGUACUGGACACAGGUCAACCAAUUAA